CCUUGUCACAGCAGCUGGCCGCUGACCAAGCCCUGGGCGGAGCAAUGACUAACUGAGCCUCCUCUGGGAGGGAGGAGACAGUUAAAAUCUUGUGGCAGCUGUAAUCACCGAGGCGUGGUUCUCCUGUCUGACUUGGGCUGCACAGAGCCUGGGCUAAGGGGCAGAGGAAGGACGGCUUAGGCGGCGGAGACUUCCAGAUGGCUGAGUUGGAUCUGAUGGCUCCGGGGCCACUGCCCGGGGUCACUGCUCACUCUCUGGUCACUCUCAGCCCAGACCUUGGGUCAGCCAACCCGGCAGAAGAAGAGGACAUGGGCUCCCUGGGGAGUCCCCAUGGGGAGGCUGAGGGACAGGGCAGCAGCUCUGCAUCGCACGGGGGUCCUGGUGUCGAGGGGGAGGGGGAGAUCCUGUGUGACUUCUGCCUUGGGGCCAGCAGGGUGAGGGCAGUGAAGUCCUGCCUGACCUGCAUGGUGAAUUACUGCGAGGAGCACCUGCGGCCACACCAGGAGAACAGCAAACUGCACAGCCACCAGCUGACGGAGCCGGUGAAGGAGCGGGAUCUGCGCACCUGUCCUGCCCACCACAGCCCGCUGGUCGCCUUCUGCCACCACGAUCAGCAGUGCGUCUGCCAGGAGUGUGGCCAGAGUGAGCACAGGGGCCACCCCUCAGUUUCCCUGGAUGCUGCCCGCAGGGACAAAGAGGCUGAGCUUCGGCGCACACAGUUAGACCUGGAGCGGAAGCUGGAGCUGAAUGAAAAUGCCAUUGCCAGGCUCCAAGCCAACCAGAAAUCUGUUUUGGUGUCAGUGUCAGAGGUGAAGGUGGUGGUCGAGGAGCAGUUUGGGGAACUCCUUGCGGCCAUGAGGAAGGCCCAGGCUGACGUGAUGCUCUUCUUGGAGGAGAAGGAGCAAGCUGCUCUGAGCCAGGCCAACGGCAUCAAGACCCACCUGGAGUACAGGAGUGCAGAGAUGGAGAAGAGCAAGCAGGAGCUGGAGAGGAUCGCUGCCAUCAGCAACACUGUCCUGUUCCUGGAGGAGUACUGCAAGUUCAAGAACACCGAGGACAGCGCCUUCCCUAGUGUUUACAUAAGACUCAAGGAUAAGCUCUCGGGCAUCCGCAAGGUCAUCACAGACUCCACUGCGCACUUAGUCCAGUUGCUGCAGAACUACAAGGAAAAGCUCCAGGAGUUUGCCAAGGAAGAGGAGUAUGACAUCGGAACUCAAGUGUCUGCCAUUGUCGAGCGCAAAUAUCGGACCUCAAAGCCGGAGCCCAGCACCAGGCAACAGUUCCUUCAGUAUGCGUGUGACAUCGUGUUCGACCCCGACACAGCACACAGGUACCUCCGGCUGCAGGAGGACAAUCGCAAGGUCACCAACACCACGCCCUGGGAGCACCCCUACCCGGACCUCCCCAGCAGGUUCGUGUACUGGCGGCAGGUGCUGUCCCAACAGAGCCUGUACCUGCACAGGUACUAUUUUGAGGUAGAGAUCUCCGGGGCAGGCACCUACAUUGGCCUGACCUACAAAGGCAUUGACCGGAAAGGGGAGGAGCGCAACAGUUGCAUUUCUGGGAACAACUUCUCCUGGAGCCUCCACUGGAAUGGGAAGGAGUUCACUGCCUGGCACAGCGACACGGAGACCCCGCUCAAAGCCGGCCCUUUCCGGAGGCUGGGGGUCUACGUCGACUUCCCGGGAGGGAUCCUCUCCUUCUAUGGUGUAGAGCCUGAUGCCAUGACUCUGGUUCACAAGUUUGACUGCAAGUUUUCGGAGCCGGUCUACCCUGCCUUCUGGCUUUCCAAGAAGGAAAACUCCAUCUGGAUUGUGGAUCUGGGAGAGGAACCUGAGAAGCCAGCGCCAACUUCAGCGGAGGCUGCUCCCUAGACUCCAGGAUCUGUAUCUGAGACUUUUGCUAACCACAAAGAUGGGGCAGCAACUUGGAUUUUAACAGCAACUUGGAGGCAGAAAUCUCUGCCAGUGGUGGGUGGCUUAGAAAUCGUAUGGGUCCCCGAGUGAGGAGAAGUGUCUUCAGCUUCUCCCUGUUGCCCCAUGCUGCACUGUUCUCCAUAUAUUUGUAGUAAUCCUCAGGCGCCUGAGUCUCUUUCAUCACCUUUGAGUGAUAUUCUGCUGUUCGGUAACCAGGAAUCUUCAGAGCGAUCAGAAAGAUUUCAGAGAAAUCAUAAUAAAUUCCUAACUGAUUGUGCA